GUGGUAAAUGGAUUGCUUGAAAGAGAUGAUUGGAGAGAUGCCAUAAAAAUUCCGCUUGGCAUUGUUCCUGCAGGCACUGGAAAUGGUAUGGCGAAAUCAUUACUGCAUUUAGUUGGUCAUUCCUGCACUGCAUUUAAUGCCAUUCUGUCAAUUAUUCGAGGUCACAAAUGUUCUCUGGAUGUGGCAACUAUUUUACAAGGGAAGACUAGAUUCUUCAGCAUCUUGAUGCUUGCAUGGGGACUGGUGGCAGAUAUAGACAUUGAGUCUGAAAAAUAUAGGUGCAUGGGAAGUGCUCGUAUCGACUUCUAUGCUCUUCAAAGAAUAUUUUACCUGAGGCAUUAUGAUGGCCACAUUUCAUUUGUGCCUGCACCUGGCUUUGAAACUUAUGGGGAGCCAACUAAUUAUGAUGUUGAUCCUACUGGAGACAAUACAAGCAAGGAACUUCCAGUUAAAGUUCAACAGCAGGGCUAUCAGGGAGCUGAUAUUAAUUUGGAGAAUCUUGGUUGGAGGACAAUUAGUGGUCCAUUUAUUUCCAUAUGGAUUCAUAAUGUUCCAUGGGGUGGUGAAGACACCAUGGCUGCACCUAAUGCUAAGUUCUCUGAUGGUUUUCUAGACUUGAUCAUGAUUAGAGACUGCCCUAAGUUGUCCUUGCUAGCAUUGAUGACGGAGUUGAAGACCGGAGAUCAUGUCAAAUCACCAUAUGUUAUCUACAUUAAGGUAAAAGCAUUUAUUUUGGAGCCUGGUCCAUGCACAGAGGAUCCUAACAGAGAAGGUAUUAUAGAUUCAGAUGGCGAAGUUCUGGCCAGAGGAAAGGGAACAUACAAGUUUGUCCAAAAGGGCAUCAUGUCUUACGACAAGCUUCAGAUUACAGUGGAGCAAGGUUUAGCUACUCUGUUUUCCCCGAUAUAAGAUUGCCAAUUAUCUCAAAUUUGAAUUUACAGUUCCACAUACUGAAUUACAAAGACGAAUUUCCACAGGUUUUCUUUCUUUUAUUUUCCUAUGUACAAAACCAACAAAACAUGAAGAAGAGAACUGAAAAUAGAGGGAAACCGAAAAAACAUUGAUGUGCAAGUGUUACUUGUGAGUAUUUUAUGGUAUACGAUCAAAGUAAUACCAAGUUGAUUAUUUUGUCUUGUCAGAUGAAAAGAUUUUCAAGUGGUUGUACUCCAGUAUUACUAUACUUUUGACAUGAAUACGGAGCUUAAGCAGCCGAUCUGUGUGUAAGCAUUUGUUUAUUAUGUCAAAUUCUGGGUUCAUCUUCUUAGCACAAAAA